CCCGGUUCAACAAAAACCCAAUAGUCACCGGUUCCAAUUCUUUAAUGCCACACAUGGGAACCGUUUCUUGGUCCUGCCCAUCUCUCGGAGUUGGACCUCGUCCCCUCGUGAUUGUUGACUAUUACUCCACACUCCCUUGUUCAAAUCGCUCUUCCCCAAUGCUCUCCUCGUCCAAAAGACUCAAAACCAGACUAAUAUUACCAACAUUAUCUUCAUCCAUGGCCAACCCAUUUCGAGUUUCUGCCUCCUCUGUGAUUGGUGCGCCGAAUGAAGAAUUGGAGGCUGCAUCUUCUGGUCUUGUGGGAGAGAAUGAUCUGCUUAUUGUUGGCCCAGGCGUUCUUGGUCGCUUAGUUGCUGAGAAAUGGCGCCAGGAACAUCCGGGGUGUCAAGUUUAUGGGCAGACAGUGACUACAGACCACCAUGAUGAUCUGAUAAAAAUAGGGAUCAAUCCAUCUUUGAAGGAAACUAAACCAAUUCACCAGUUCCCUUACGUCAUUUUCUGCGCUCCUCCCUACCAAACCUCUGACUAUCCUGGUGAUGUCAGGGAAGCUGCUUUGAGCUGGAAUGGAGAAGGUUCUUUCUUGUUUACAUCAAGCUCUGCACCAUAUGAUUGCAAUGACAAUGGACAAUGUGAUGAGGACUCUCCAGUUGUACCGAUUGGGAGAAGCCCAAGGACCGAUGUGCUUCUAAAGGCAGAAAAAGAAGUGUUGGAGAGAAAUGGCUCUGUCCUGAGAUUGGCAGGACUUUACAAAGCAGAUAGGGGUGCACAUGUUUACUGGUUGGAGAAGGGGACUGUUGAAUUUCGUGCAGAUCACAUCCUCAAUCUCAUACAUUAUGAGGAUGCAGCUUCCCUUUCUGUUGCAAUCUUGAAAAAGAAAUUCCGUGGCCGAAUUUUCUUGGGUUGUGACAAUCAUCCAUUAUCGAGGCAAGGAGUGAUGGAUUUGGUUGCUAAAAGUGGGAAAUUCAGUAAAAAAUUUGAAGGCUUUGCUGGAACAAGUGAUCCUUUAGGCAAGAAACUAAACAACACUAAAACUCGAGAGGAAGUAGGAUGGGAGCCAAAAUACCCUAGCUUUGCUCAUUUUCUUGGUGUAUCUAACUAACUGCUAUCUGUCUUUUGCACUUGGAUGGAAUAUAAUUGAUAGGAAAGGACAGAGUCAACUGGCUCAAAGAAUGCUCAGAGAUGAGCUACUGACCUCUUUUUAAAUUUGUUCAGCUCUUUCCUGAGGUACUUCUUGCAGGUUGCCUAUGAAAUAUCACACUUUCGAGCACAUUUAGAUGGUCAGAACCAUUUAUACUCGCAUUCGAUUUUAUGAGAUUUAUGUAUAUGUAUAUCAUAUCGGUGUAUAAUGCGAGCUUUUGUAUUUUCUAGCAAUACUGCAAGUUGUAAGAACAUUUAUUCAUCUUGAAUAUGCUUGACGCAUAAUCUUGGAUUUUGCUCAUCA